AGAAACGCGAGAGAGAGAAAGAAACAGGCGGCGGCGGCGGCGGCGACGCGAGGAGCGCGCGCUCGACGACGGCGCAAGGAGCGCGAGGAGCUCGACUGCCGCCACCGCCACCACCGUUUCCAUCUCUUCUCGCUCCUUCCCACCUCCCCCGCCAGCAGUCAAGUGAUCUAGGGUUUACGCGUCCGCCACCGCCGCCACCUCCGCCCCUCCCGUUCUCCGUCGACAGUAUCAGACGGAAUCGCAAGGUCCAGCGCGUCCUCAAGCAUCCGUGGGUAAGCAGUGGUUGGAGGUGCGUGUCGCUUGUGAGGUCAGCGGGGCCCUGACGGUGGAUCUCAUUUGGGUGGUCACCUGUGACUGGUGAGUUCUCAACCAUGAAGCUGCUAGGAUUGUUUAGGAAGGUCAGCUCGUUAGUUGGACAACGGGUGCAAUGUUCUCCAGUGGAACGUCUUUUAUCAUGCUCCACAAGGCGCAUUUCUAGCUUCGCAGAUUGGGAUUCGGGUCCUGUGAACAACAGAGUGUCGAGCUAUGAGAAGUGGGACGUGCAUAUUGAUUUUGAAGGGAUUAAAUACAUCAGGACAAAGUUCUUUAAGAAAAACAUAAGAUAUUACAAUCUUAUGAAUGUGCUGCUUGACAAUGGGUAUAGUUUUUUAGACUACCUAUAUUACAUGAGAUGUGGUGGAAUAGGAUUGGAUGGUUUUAAACUGCUUGACAGCCAGAUUAAGGUGGAUGAAAUGCUUAAGCAAUACCAGGACAUCAGGAGGAUAACAUUGUCAGUUACUAAGGGCAAGAGGCAGCAGGCAAUUGUUUUGUCUCCAGCAAAGAAGGGAAAGAGAAAGGCAGCAGAACCAAUUCAAAUAUAUGAUGAAGAAUAUAUCAGUGAUCUUGAUAUAGUGUUUGCAGUAAGUGAAAAUGGUGUGGCCCAUAAGGAAUUUGGUGAUUAUGUUGGUUCAAGUUCAGGCAGAGGCACAAAUGAAAAUUUGUUCCUGGCCACACAACAAAGUGUAAAUUUCCAGCCCAUCCAAACUAUGCCACCUCCUGACAGGGCCAAUUAUGCAGACAUGGAUGACAUGGAUUUGGAUUCAGAAAGUGAGGAUGAAAAUAGCUCUAAUGAAGAUAGUGCAGACCUGCAGUCAACUGUAGCAGAUAUGAAGAAGGCAGCACUGCACUUUGAGGGUGACACAGACCAGAGGACAUCUAUGAUGUUCCCGAGGAGCAGGAAGAGGAAGAGCACAGUGAACAAGCUCCAAAUGUAG